AUGAAUUCAGGGCAAACAGGAGCCAGUGCUGGCAACGCUGUGCAAUCAGUCAUGGGAAUCCGUGGCCUUGGGAAGUCCCCAGCGCAUGUGCCACGCUUGGAUUCCUUUCAACGGGCAGGUUAUGUAUUACAAGCAGUCCUGGGCACAACAGUGAUUCCGUUAUGUGAGCCUAGUGAAAUGGACAACUGCACAACAGCACUAAUUCAGACAGAGAACAGUCCACGUGUGGCUCAAGUCGGGAUAACUAGAUGCAAGCCUGAAAUGAAGGACUACUGCUUCCAUGGACAGUGCGUGUACAUAGUGGACUUGGACGAGCACUAUUGCAGGUGUGAUGUAGGCUUCUCUGGUGUCCGCUGUGUGCACUCAGAACUCGUCAGACAGCCCCUCAGUAAGGAGUAUGUGGCACUGACAGUAAUCCUAAUUCUGCUUUUCCUCGUCGCUGCCUCCAUUGCAAGCUACUACAUCUGCAAAAGGUACCGAAACAAGAAGAGACAAGUGAACACCAGUGAAUACAAGGAAGUUGGUACCCUGUAGGAGAAUCCGUGGCUUCAUACAGUGUUCUGCUCAUCUGGACAGACUCAGUGGCUUCCCUUCUAUUUAAAUGUUAUUUUUAUUUACAAUAUUUAUAUUCUGUUAAAAAUUUCAAUUGUUUGGUGAUCCAAUCAGUAUAGGUCAAGCUUUUUAUUUUCAGUGUUUUUUUUUUUUAUUUAAUGGUAUUUCUCAAUGAGAAUCCUACAUUAAGUGGGAUAGAGAUAUAUUUUUGUAACAGUGUGUCUUCUUGCCAGUACUACCUGGCUCAGACUCUGAAUAGUAAUUUUAAUAGUAUUUAUUCUUGUAAAUAUGUGGAAAACAAUUUUACUCCUUGAAAUAAAAGUUCUAGACCAAAUUAAAAUGUCUGUGUGGUCUACUCAAUGUGAAAGUUGCACUUGGCAUAGCCAAGCAGG